AUGGGACCAGUUGUUGGCUGGAAGACCAACUCAGGAGCCAGCUGGGCCACGUGGAGAGAGAGGCGGGAGGAAGCCUCCAAGCUGGAGUUCCCCUUCCCCUCCUCUCUGAAGGGGGCGGGCCUCAAGGGAGGAAGAUGGGAGCUCAGUUCUAGGUCUGCCUGGACCUCAGAGAACCGCACGGUGCCCAGGUCUUGCGGGGGCGCGCAUGCAGCGCAGGACGCACCACAGCGGGACGGAGUCCCUCGCGGGGCGACACCAGUUUACCUCCUGCCGAGACAGUGUAGGCCUCGGAGCAGAGGGUUCCUGGAGGCAAUCUUGAGAAGGUUGAUUUUUACCUUCUCCCUCCUCAUCUCUUUUCUAUUUCCCUUCACAUUUUGGUGA